AUGGAAUCCGAGAAUCAUGGCUUUCUUGCCACGGUGGGUGAGACCCCCGAGGCUGAAUCAGAAGGAAUUGUACGCUACACAUGCUCAAUAGCCUCGGACUGCAUGAAAGCUCCCGAUGAGCAGCAUGUCCCGUGGUUGGAUCACUUCAGAGACGCAACCUGCAAGGUUGUACGAUAUCCCAACACCUCAGCUAUUCCUGCAUCAAUACGCUCCGUUUUCGAUGUUUGCAUGAAUAAGAGUGGGUUAAGCGUGGCCCUCCCCAAUGCAAUUACGAGGAGCAGAAAGGCCCACGUGGAGCGAUUUCACUUUAUUGUGAAAGGAUCGGAAUGGCAGAAAAAAAAAGAUGGUCUUCAUGGACAGUCUGUCUCGACCGUGAACAGUCAAAACAGUCCUUUACUCCCCUUUCAUGGAGGCAUCCUGCCAGCUCCGCAUCCCCUUCAUGAAGGGCACCUUCGCAUCUUGCAGGAGGUGGAUCUACAAAUGCCUUAUUCGAUGCAGGCAGACCAAACGGCUCCGCCUGCAACGAGCCUGAGCCGUGCCUACUUGGGGUCAAUGCCUUACUACCUUCUUCCUGGGUUCGCAGGCCUCGUAGUAGCUGGAGUGUUGCUGCCCCUACUUCUGCUCGUUUUUUUUUUCCGGAACCACAAGUGCUGCCGCAAAGUGUGCAGUUGUUUAUGCUGGAUCCGCCCGUGUUUCAAGCUUUCAAAGCGUCAUUUCAAUAGAUUAGAGCAUUAUGACUCGAGCGGCAGCAGUACCACCGCUUCGGAGUCUCAGUGCCGCGGAGGCCGCCGCAUGUUGGUUCCGCGGCGUUCCUGCAUGGGUUUAAGGUAUCUCACGCUUUUCCUGACGACCCUCAUCGCGUUGGCGUGCUUGGGAGUGGGAAUUUAUGUCAUAAUCGAUCUGCAUGCACAGCUCUCCCAGCUCAUGUGCUCCACGGCCCAGGCGGCCUCGACCAUUAUGAACGGGCAGGCAUUUUCAAGUGGCGUAGAAUCUUCGGCAUCGGAGAGCCGCCGUAUUCCCGCGUCGUACUUUUCGUCUUUUGUCGCUUCUUCCCCCUUUCUCGCUGCACCCUCCCUGGCCGUUGCCGAUGACCUCACACAGGCGGACCAAAGCCUACUUCCUGCAGCGCCAGGUGGGGUUCGAACGCUGUCUGCGGUGUUUCUUCCCCCUGAGGAACUGAGUGAGCAACACCGUGGUUCCGACACUCGUCGCUCCAUUCGCGGGAGAAAACCUUGCACAGAACCCUCUUCCCCCCCUCCCCCCCCCUCCCCCGGCAACCCUUGCCUUCCGUGCCUCGCUUUCGUCUCCUAUGCUGGUACAGACAUGGGCCGUACAGCCGCAAGACACCUGCAGGAAGCUCAUGCUGAAGCAGCUGAUGACGCAGCGGAGCCUAAGCGGACGGGAUUUAUUGGGGUAGUCCCCGCUCUGGACUAUUUCGAAAGCCUCCUAGCGGCUUUAGAUAAAAAACGGCCAGAUUUCCUUCCCAAUGAGCUGCGACUUGGGGGUACCCUGGCAACCCGCAUAAAGAAGAAGGUAGUGAAUGUCAAGAAGGAUCUCCGCACACUCCAGGAAGUGGGAGAGCACAGUGGCAUGCGCCACGCUCGAUGCACGAGGCCAGACGCCUGUAGUUUGAAAUUCUUGGGAUGUGCUGAUAUGUUAUUUAACCCACUGAAUAGCGGCACCACGGUGAAACGCGUGCAAAGAAGCAGUGAGGCGCCUUCUCAACAGCCAAGCUACCACCUUUCGCUUGUGGCUGGAGGCUCCGCCUCCCUGCUGAGUUCGUGGGAAACCCUUGGGAAUUUGCUUCCUGAGGGCCUCACAAUGAUAACGUCGGCAUCAGAGCAACUUGCAGGUGAAAUCGAGGAUGUCUUGGCUCGAACAGGCACAUUCGUGUCUGCAGAGCAGCUGCAGCAGGCGAAGGUAGCUGUCUACGAGACGCUGGCACAGGCCCAUUCCGCCCUUGAGCCGCUACCUCGCAUCAGCGAGCCGCUCUUCUGGGCCUUACUCGUCGCCUUCAGCCUACUGGCGUCCUUGCUGCUGCUCGCUUCUAUGUACCUCUGCUGCAUGUGCUGCUGCAAGAAGCAGGAUCUUGUUGAUAAAAAGGCUAUGAGCUGCGGCUGCUCACUCUUGAUGAUUGUAAUUGCCGCUGCAGCUCUGGUAGCCAGUGGGGUUUUUCUGGCCAGUACGGCGCUGCUAACAGAUGGGUGUAUAUACACUGGAGAGUUUGUAAAGGGGGAGGAGGACAUUGAUGAUCUGCUGCGUUAUUUCUGGCCAGAACAAGGGGGUGUUGAGGUUUCGGCAGGGGACGCUUCAAAGGCCUCCUCUCUCAUGGCUCAAGUGCUGGCUGCCUGCUUUCUCCCAUCCAAGGAGAGGAACCUGGUGACGGUUCUUGGAAUGAAUGAACUUGUAAGCGCGGGGAAGGAGAUGGAAAAGAUGAGUAGCUGGGCAAUGCAGAGCGAGGCGCGAGCGGCCCGGCUUUUAUCUCUUGAGCUGCAGGAUGCUGCAGCGGAGUUGCAGCUCUUGGAAGACACCUACUGGCUCUUCCUGCUCGAUCCUGUCGCUCUAGAGGAGGAGGCACUGGAGGAUCGGCUAUUUACGUACAGAGAAAUUCUCUGCAGCGGCCUUCAAGACAAGCAGCGCACCGUGAAGCUCAGCUAUCUGGGUGUGGGUUCUCCUGUGGCAGUGGCGGCAGGCCCUUCCGGAGCAGCCAGCAGUCAGGCGUCGUCUUCCUCCUCCUCGUGGAAAGCGCCAGUGCUGCUGCUGCAGACGGAGGAGUGGGAGCCCAAGGCUGAGUUGGCAGCGGUGUUGCAUGCGCUGGACCCUGAUCCUGGAGCGGCAGGGCGUCUCUCCGCUUCCUUGCAGCAGGCUCUGGGUGAGCUGCAAGGCAGCAGAGACAGCAGGAAGGCGGAGGCUGCGUUUGCCAAGCGGCUUGUGGACGGCGCCUUGAGCGAGGUGGUACAGCUGGCAAAGGGGAAGUCUGAGGCACAAAAGAUGCAGAUUUUGCAGUCCAUCGUUCGUCUGACGGGCAGAGCGAGCUCGGAAGCUCAGGCUUCCAAAAGGAGGGGAGGUGAUGACGUCUCACGGGAUCAGCAGCGAGAAAGAAGGCGGAGGCAGACGCGUCAGCGCAAGAAGCUUCGUGAGCUUCUGCUGGAUCAGUGUAUGAUGCAGGGUUCCCCGGGGGGGGCCUCGUCGAGUGGGGAGGGGGGCCUCGUGGUAUACGGCAUGGAGGAUGUAGAGGAGCUGGUAGCACCUUUUGUUCUCGCUUCAUUGCAUGGCGGCGACACACGCGAGAGCGAGAGCAGAGAAUCCGGCUUGACAAUCGACGCAUUCUUCGACGCAGACUCUCCCCUUGUGGCGAAAUUGGCAGCGGAAAAAGGCUCAGCGGAGGAGCAGCGCCGCUUCACGAAUGCAGUUUGGUGGGCUGCUGUGAAAGAGAGCUUGAGGGAGGAAGCCGCGCGUUCCUUUGCAUGCCCCGAAGAGGUGGCAUCCCCCGAGGCUCCCAUACAGUGGACUUCUUGCAACUUUCAGGAGGUGCAGGAGGCAACGCACAAGCUGCUUCGCAAGCUGCAUGCGCAGUUGGAGGCACUAUGGGCGGAGCUUCGCCCGUUUUUUGAGAGCCGCAGCCGCGUCUUUCGCUUAGCUGGGGUGGACUACGCGACUGCAGCGAACAACUUGGACUGUCACAUUGUGCGCAGUGAGGCCCAGCCGGUGGCUGAAUUGAUGUGUGAAAAGGUGAGACCAGCGGGGGCUAACAUGGCGUUCGUGCUGCUGUUGCUCAGCGGCGCUGCUCUGCUGCUUUUGCCCGUUUUCUACUGCCUCUGGAGAGCAGGAGUCGAAAAUACGUGGAUCCAGCGAGACGCGCGAAAGGGAGUCAUGGCAGCCCAUAGGAGGCCUUCAAGUCCUCGUGAGGAUUUCAACAGUCCUACGAUCAUCAGCGCUCCUACGCCGAGCAGUGGCAAUACUGCAGCAGCUGCAGCAGUUGCUGCUGCAGCUGCCGCCACUGCUGCUGCGGCUUCGGGGUUGACACAGCAGCCUUCCAUUCAGCAGCGGCCCCAGGUAGACCGCGAAAUCCAAUUUAGUUGA